AUGGCAAAUCUACCAGAUUUCAGAUCAUUUGAUUGUGAAGACUUAUCAAAUGCUGGUCCCCGGUGGAAGAAAUGGUUAUCGCGUUUUGAAGUUUUAAUGUUAGCCAUGAACCACAAAGAUACCGAAGAUGACAGAGAAAAGAAGAAGAAUCUUUUACUGCACUAUAUGGGUGAUGAGUGCUAUGAUAUAUAUGAAACAUUAAAAGAAGAAUCUGACAAAUUCUCAGACGUAAAAGACAAACUGACAUCUUAUUUUGUUCCUAAGUCAAAGAGUGAAUAUGAAAAAUAUAUAUUCCGAAAUUCAAAACAAGAGGAAGGUGAAGGUUUAGAUCAGUUUUGUUCGAGAUUGAAGAAGAUUUCAUUAAACUGUGAAUUUGGAGAAAAUCGUGAUUCUGAGAUUAAAAUUCAAAUUAUACAAGGUUGCCUAUCUUCAGAACUAAGAAAGAAAGCUCUCACAAAGUCAAUGAAUCUCACAACAUUGCUUGAGACGGGAAAAGCAAUGGAGUUGGCUAAAGAUCAACUGUGUGCAAUGGAGAGUGAGUCAAGUAUCCAAGGAAUAUGUGGAGUUAGUUCCUACAAAAGAAAGUGGAAAAAGAACAUUUCAUCCAACAAUUCUAGUCAUGCAAGAGAUCAGACAAAAAAGCAUCAAAGUAAUAAAGGUAAAACCUUUCAUACAAAACGAAAAUCAUGUUUCAGUUGCGGUGGAGCGUAUCCACAUGCAGAAAAGUGUCCUGCAUAUGGUCGCAGAUGUUAUAACUGUUCCAAGUAUGGCCAUUUUGCUAGAUUCUGUAAAGAAGCGAAUAGUAAAUUCAACAAGCCCAAGUUGAACAGUGUGCAAAAUGAGCCUAAACAUGAUUGCAGAGAUCAUGAACUGAGUGAAAUGAGCUCUGAGAAUCAUGAAUAUAUUCUCUCAGUGAAUGGAUCAAUGUGUAAUUGCUCCAAUAACAAUAAUCCUGCAAAAGUACAGUUGAAAAUUAACAAUGUUUCCUGUUCUAUGCUUAUAGAUAGUGGUGCUAGUGUCAAUGUACUCGAUUACAAAACUUUUCAAAAUUUAAAAAGUAGAUCCAGUAAACCAUGCAAAUUGGAAACUGCAAAUAUUAAGCUUUAUGCUUAUGGAAGUAGAAAACCCUUGUCUGUGAAGGGGAAAUUUCAUGCAGUUGUAACUUCUAAGUGUGGCAAAUGCAUCAACACUGUAUUCUAUGUUGUUAGAUAUGCAAUUGGUUGUUUGCUCUCUUUCAAGACUGCUAGUGAUCUUGGGUUGGGGAAAUUGAAAAACUUCCAAUUGAAGUUGAAUAUUGAUGAUUCUGUAAACCCUGUUCAUCAAAAGCACAGACGAGUUCCUUUUAAAAUGCGUCAAAAAGUCGAAAGUGCUGUUGCUAAACUUUGUGAUGAAGACAUUUGUGAAAGUGUGGGAAAUUGUCUUACUCCAUGGGUCUCUCCUAUUGUAUGUGUUCCUAAACCUUGUGACCCAGAAAACAUUCGACUAUGUGUCGAUAUGCGAGCUGCGAAUAAGGCAAUAAAGAGGGUAAAACACCCUAUGCCUACUGUUGAUGAACUUAUACAUGAUUUAAAUGGAUAUAAAGUAUUUUCCAAGUUGGAUUUGAACCAGGGUUAUCACCAAAUUGAAUUACACCCUGACAGUAGACAUAUUACUACUUUUAGUACCCAUAUUGGAUUAUACAGAUAUAAAAGAUUGAAUUAUGGAGUCAAUGCUGCUAGUGAAAAAUUUCAAUAUUUGAAAAAACAAGCAUUGCACGGUUUAAGAGGUGUCAAAAACAUCUCAGAUGAUAUUUAUAUCAGUAGUGUAAAUGAGACUGAGCAUGAGAAAGAUUUAAGAGCCUGUUUGCAACGUAUAAGAGACUGUGGUCUUACUUUGAAUAAGAAAAAGUGUUCAUUCUUUCAAUCGUCUAUAAAGUUUUUUGGAAAUAUUUUUGGUGAUAAAGGUGUGUCACCUGAUCCAAAUAAGGUUGAAGCUAUAAACAAGGCUGAUAGACCUUGA